UUUGUUUUUGCCGAUAACCCCCAACCCAACCCAACCCAACCCAACCCUAGCCCCAGUGGUUCGCCUGGUAUUUUUUCAGCUUCGAUCGAGACGAAACAUCCACCACUGCGAAUCACCACUUGUUUUGGUCGACAUCUCAUCUCAAAGCUGCAGAGAUGACUUGGUGUCAACAUUGUGCACAAAAUACUGACACACAUCGUGAUUAUUCAACCGGCACCAUAUGCUGUGUUGAUUGUGGAAAAGUAGUAUCUCAAGAAGUAUACACAGAAGAUACCCAAUUUGUUAAAGAUGCAGCAGGAGGGGCCCGUAUGGAUGGCAAUAUUGUUAGAUCGGCUACAACUUCUUUUGCGGACUCGCAUAGAAGGACAUUGAGUAAAGGGAAUGAUAUAAUUUAUUGGCUCAUAGAAAAAUACGGGAUCAAUGAUGUUAAUCAUGCUACUCAGUAUUACGUGAUAGCUGUUGAGCGUGGGUUCACGAGAGGACGUAGAACGGCACAAGUUGCAGGUGCUUGUCUCUAUGUUGCGUGUCGGGAAAAGGAGAAACCGUUUCUGCUUAUAGAAUUCUCGAGUGAAUUGGGUGUUAGUGUCUACGAGUUGGGCACUGUUUAUUUACAGCUUUGCCAAUUGUUGAGCCUCCAGAAUCAUCCAUUUGUACAAAGACCAGUUGAUCCUAGCCUUUUUAUGCAUAGAUACACUAGGGAACUAAUGAAAGAUGGAGACAAUAAGAACGUCCUGAACACUGCAUUGCAUCUUGCAGUUAGUAUGAAAAGAGAUUGGAUUCAGACAGGAAGGAAACCUAGUGGGAUAUGUGCUGCAGCUAUUUAUGUUUCUUCUGUGUUACAUGGAUAUAAUUUUUCAAAAGCCGAUGUCGUUAAAGCUGUACACAUUUGUGAAGCAACGUUGACAAAGCGACUGAUUGAGUUUGAAAACACAGAAGCUGGGAGUUUAACAAUUGAAGAGUUCACUCAGAGCGCCUUGAGUUAUGAGGAGGAAAUGCAGUCUUGUAAACAAUCUGCCGAUGAUCUAAAGUUGCCUGGAAUGACAGAUGUGGUUUGCGAGCACAAAAGGAGUGCAGUUCAAUCUGGUUUUGGGCUUUGCAAGGAUUGCUAUAUGGAGUUUUGUGGUGGACUUGAGGGUUCGGAACCUCCAGCAUUUCAACGUGCCCAAGUGGAAAGAUUAUCCGUGAUAGAGGGAACACAGGGUAACAUGAAAGAAACUGAAAAUACAGUCACUUCAACAGAAGUCGAACGCGUUGCUCUCAACUCUGGAAAACUUGACAAUAGUGUUGAUGCUGUUGAAAGCUCAAAGGAGGCUGUUGAAAGCUCAAAGGAGGCCCUUGCUGAUGAAAAUGAUACGAAUGAUAAUAACGAGACUGAUGAAAGUGAUGCCUUUGACGAUCUGGAUGAUUCUGAGAUCACUGGCUACAUACUUGACCCUGAAGAAAGUUCUUAUAAGACGAAACUAUGGGAACUAAUCAACGGAAAAGAGAAUAUGCAGGAACGAGCUGCUAAGGAAGCUGCUGCUAAGGAGGCUGCAAGCAAAAAAGACAAAAUCAAAAGAAAGAGAGAGGUAGAGGCUAACAUUAAGCCUCCCCAAACAGCGGGAGAAGCUGCCAGUCAACAUUUUUCGAAGAAAUUUGGUUCAAAAUUUAAUUACGAGGCGAUGGCUCGUCUCUUUGAUGAGGAGCCAAUCCCUAAACAUCGUGUCGAUGAUCAGAUGGUGGCGGAAGUAUGACAACGAACAACAUAUUGGUGGAGGUAAUGGCGGUGAUUAUGAUUUAAUACUUUUGAACUCAACACCUAUUUUUUUUUUUAAAUAUAUAUGAAAUUGUUGUAAAAGUUUUUGUUCUUUGUUGUAUGCAUAUAUUUUUUUUUUCUUCUGGUAGGAUGCUUAAUUAAACUAUGGUAAUGAAAGAUGUUGGAAAUAUUUUAAUUUG